AUGGAGAAGGAAAACUGCAGCACUGUGUCAGAGUUCAUCCUCCUGGGAUUAUCAGACCUCCCUGAGCUGAGUGUCAUCUUCUUCCUGGUGUUUCUUCUCAUCUAUGGAGUCACAGUGAUGGGCAACCUGGGCAUGUUCACAGUGAUCCAGAUCAGCUCUCAGCUUCACACCCCCAUGUACUUUUUCCUUAGCCACUUGUCCCUUGUGGAUUUCUGCUACUCCACCAUAAUUGUGCCUAAGAUGCUGGCCAAUACCUUAAGCAAGGACAAAACUAUUUCCUUCCUGGGAUGUAUAGUACAAUUGUAUUUGUUUUGUACUUAUGCAAUCACAGAGGACUUCCUAUUGGCUAUGAUGGCCUAUGACCGCUUUGUGGCCAUCUGUAAUCCACUACUCUACAUGAUUAUCAUGUCCCAGAAGCUCUGUAUGGGGCUGGUAUCUGCCUGCUAUCUCUGUGGAGCAGUGUGUUCUCUGAUUCAUAUUUUCUUAGCUCUUGAUACCCCAUCCUAUAGAUCAAAGGUGAUUAACCACUUCUUCUGUGAUUUACCCCCUCUCUUAUCUCUUGCUUGCUCUGAUGUGUCUAUGAAUGAACUGCUAUUAUUUAUUGUGGCCACUUCCAAUGAGAUCAUCAUCAUCACGAUUAUCCUCACCUCCUAUAUUUUUAUUCUCAUCACCAUCCUGAGGAUUCACUCUGCAGAAGGAAGGCGCAAAGCCUUUUCCACCUGUGCUUCUCAUUUCACAGCCAUCAUUAUCUUUCAUGGAACAAUCCUUUUCAUUUAUUGCAGACCCAGUUCUGACUAUAGUAUGGAAACUGAUAAAGUGGCCACGGUGUUCUAUACUGUAGUGAUUCCCAUGCUGAACCCCUUGAUCUAUAGCCUGAGGAACAAGGAUGUGAAGGCAGCCCUCAGGAAAAUGGUGGGAUUCAAAUUACUUUCUGGAGGGCUAAUUUCUUAG